ACGAUGUGGCUGUUUUUCACAACAACCUGUUUGCUCUGUGGAACUUUAAAUGCUGGUAGCUUCUUUAAUUUGGAAAAUGAAGCGAAUCCUGAAGUGUGGAUGAAUAUUAGCGAGAUCAUCACCUAUAAUGGCUACCCCAGUGAAGAGUAUGAAGUCACCACUCAAGACGGGUACAUCCUCAGCAUCAAUAGAAUCCCCCACGGGCGAAGAGAUGAUAGAAGCACAGGUCCCCGGCCAGUUGUGUACUUGCAACACGCUUUGUUUGCAGACAAUGCCUCUUGGCUUGAGAAUUAUGCCAAUGGCAGCCUUGGAUUCCUCCUAGCAGAUGCAGGUUACGAUGUCUGGAUGGGAAACAGUCGGGGAAACACUUGGUCAAGAAGACACAAGACGCUCUCAGUGACUGAAGAAAAAUUCUGGGCCUUUAGUUUUGAUGAAAUGGCCAAAUACGAUCUUCCGGGAAUAAUAGACUUCAUUGUAAAUAAAACUGGUCAGGAGAAGCUGUAUUUCAUUGGACACUCCCUUGGCACGACAAUAGGGUUUGUAGCCUUUUGCACCAUGCCUGAACUGGCACAAAGAAUCAAAAUGAAUUUUGCCUUGGGUCCUGUGGUCUCAUUCAAAUAUCCCACGGGCAUUUUUACCAGUUUUUUUCUACUUCGAAAUUCCGUAAUCAAGCGUUUUUUUGGUACCAAAGGUUUCUUUUUAGAAGAUAAGAUGGGCAAGGCACCGUCUACCAAAAUCUGCAACAAUAAGAUAUUAUGGGUGAUAUGUAGUGAAAUUAUGUCCUUAUGGGCUGGAGCCAACAAGAAAAAUAUGAACGUGAGUCGAAUGGACGUGUAUAUGUCACACGCUCCCACCGGAUCAUCAAUACAGAACAUCCUGCAUAUAAAACAGCUUUACCGAUCAGAUGAAUUCAGGGCGUAUGACUGGGGAAGCGAAGCUGAGAACAUGCAUCAUUACAAUCAGAGCCGCCCCCCACUCUAUGACUUGACCACCAUGAGAGUGCCUACCGCUAUGUGGGUUGGGGGCAAUGACGUCCUUGUAACGCCCCAGGAUGUGGCCAGGAUACUCCCCCAGAUCAGGAAUCUCCGUUACUUCGACCUGUUGCCUGAUUGGAACCACUUUGAUUUCAUCUGGGGCCUCGACGCUCCUCAGCGUGUGUAUAGGAAAAUCAUAGACUUGAUGAAGUCAUACUCCUGA